GAAGCUUUAAUACUUGAAACAUAUUUGACACGUUUAGUCUUCCUAAGCAUCAACUGAAACAAAAAUAUCCUUUACUUUUCGGCUUGUAUGGCAUAAAAUGUUAAUUUUAUUCCAACAUUUUAAGGUUGAACUUUUGCCGAAAGGCAGAUAAAACAUUAGAAUAAAAUUAUGGUUUUACCAUAGGAGCCGGAAAAUACUAUUUUAUGCGUGAUAACAAAAGUACUGAAAACAAAAGAUUGUUUAAACCAAUGAAGCUUUAAUACACAAGCAAUAUUAGAUACUUGUAUCUACAAAAUGCAUUGUUAACAAAAUCAUCCAAAGCAAAACCACUGUCUGGUCAAAUCUCAACUUAAAAUGCGCAAAAUUUUGUUCUUUUAGUUUUUCUUGCUUUAGUUAUGCCUAUCUAAUAUUGUAGCAUGCGACGUCAUAUACAAAAUAUUGGCACAAUGUUUAUUAUUUGAUUUUAUCGUACUGUGUGUCAUUCAAUACGAUUGAAACCUACAAAAUACGGUAUUUCUUUCCGUGGAACUCAAAACGUACGACAUCUCAAGUUCUCGAAGUGUUUUGUAGUUUGUGUAAAACUGCUGCCAAUAAAAACGUUCAUUAACUUAUCGUAAUGAAUUAUUUGGUUUGCAUGUGUGGGUUCAAGUCUUGGUGCAGCUACUUUUGUGGCAGUAUAUGUUCUUCGGGCAAGACACGUAGACAAAAAUAUAAAAAAACAAUCUGGUUUUAAUUUCUUUGCUUACACAUUGCAAUUGUUAAAACACAGUUGUUCAUUAUACGUUGAUUAAAUUGUCCGCCAUGCGAUGAUAAACGUUUUGCAUUCAUACAUGACAAAAAGAUUUGAAUUAACCGCCUAAUAAAAUGUAUUGUAGCGGGAUUGCUUCGUCAUUUGCUACAUGUUGACUUUGUUGCAGCAUUCGAUAUAAUGCAACGUCAUGGUGAGUGACGUUUGCCCUGUAACUAUGACUUGCACUUUCUGGGUUAAUCAAAACACGUCGACGAUAGCGGUAAUAUUACAAGACAUUACACGUAAAAUUUGAAGAAAAAAGAUAUGACAUGACUCGACUCGUUUCAUGAUAUAAGGGCGUAUCUUUUAAUACGUUUUGUCUAGUAUGUUUAUAAAUGCAGCACGUCUAGGGCUAGGAUUUUCAAAACUACAAUCGCUCUGUCAAGUUAAGUUACUUUUACCUAGUUUGUUGAAAAUUCAAUCCGUUAAAAAUAUGAGCACAGAAAAGCAUGUAGAUGUCAGUUCGAGUGUAAACGCUAAAGGCGCAUUCGUUCGAAAGGAAUCUGCAUUCAGAAACGAAAUUAAAGAGGGCGGUGAAUUCCCACCAGAAAGUGGUCGAUAUCAUCUUUAUGUUUCGCUUGCUUGUCCAUGGGCGCACAGAACGUUAAUCAGCAGAAAACUCAAAGGUUUGGAAAACGUCAUCUCAUACACUGUGGUUGAUUUUCUUAUGCUCGAAAACGGUUGGAGAUUCAAUGAAAAAGUUGAGCAAUGCGAGAAAGAUCCGAUCUUUGAUGCGAAAUACAUGAAGGAUAUUUACCAUCAAGUUUCACCAGGUUACACUGGCAGGAUAACAGUGCCCGUGUUAUUCGACAAGAAAACCAAAAAGAUCGUAAAUAAUGAGUCGAGUGAAAUCAUUCGAAUGUUUAAUAAAAGUUUCAAUGCUUAUUGCGCAACUGACGGACAAAGAGAAUUGGAUUUUUAUCCCGAGGAUCUGAGAAGUCAAAUCGAGGAAGUGAAUGGCUGGGUUUACCCAAACAUCAACAAUGGCGUGUACCGGUGUGGGUUCGCACGCAGUCAGGAAGCUUACGACUUGGCUGUGCACGGUUUGUUUGAACAUCUGGACAAGUUGGAAGAUUUACUUUCAAAACAAAGGUAUCUCACUGGUUGUCAACUCACUGAAGCGGAUAUUCGACUUUAUACGACUUUAAUCCGGUUCGAUCCGGUUUACCAUGGACAUUUUAAGUGCAACAAAAAGAGGAUAAUUGAUUAUCCAAACAUCUGGAACUACCUCAAGGAACUUUACCAAAAGCCAGAGUUUGGUGAAACAACAAACAUGAAUCAUAUCACGAAACAUUACCAGAUGAGUCACACCAGCAUCAACCCGUUUGCCAUCGUGUAUAUUGGACCAGAUAUUAAUUUCAAUGAUCCGCACGACAGAGCUACCAAGUUUCCUGUGUAAUGUCACACAAGAUUACUGUCAAUAUGUUGUAUGUACAGUAGGGUGGGGGAAGAUGGGACACCUUUCAUUCUAUUUUCUCGUCCCAUUUGGCAGUAAACAAAGAACAUUCAAAGAAUUAUAAAACCAUAUCCUCACGACUCUCAUAAACCGUUAGUAAUUGCUUAAUAUCCAAAUAUCCUGAUCGUGUUUAUGUUCUAAACGUGUCCCAUCUUACCCCACAAUACUACACCAUGUUUUAUGCAAUGCAUGGAGCGAACUGUCACCAUCUAAGUUACAACAUAUCAACUUCAGACUAUUAUAUUCAAAUCUUACUACAUAUUGCAUAUUAACCUCUCAAUGAAUUAUUUUACCGUCAUCUACAGCAGUUAUCAUGUUCCACAUAUUUGCACUUCCUUUUACACAACAUAAUGAGAAGCUAUUACUUACCAAACUUACUAUUGUACUUAUUGCAUUGCAUGUUAACCUUAAUAAACAGACCUUCAC